AUGUUUCCCACGACUACGUCGUUCGUUAAAAGGGUAUCUACGCUCGUGAAACAAGUGUCUCGACGAACAUUCCAAACUACACCCUUAGCGAUGGCUCCGAUUAAGGUUGGUGAUAAAUUACCGGCGGUCGAUUUGUUCGAAGACUCGCCCGCAAACAAGGUUAAUAUCUGUGAGUUGACGUCAGGCAAAAAAGUUGUUUUAUUUGCUGUGCCUGGAGCGUUUACUCCGGGUUGUUCCAAGACUCACUUGCCGGGGUAUGUCGAAAAUGCUGACAAGAUGAAAUCUGAAGGAGUAUCAGAAAUUGUGUGUGUCUCUGUAAAUGAUCCUUAUGUAAUGGGUGCUUGGGGUACCCAACAUAACACUAAGGGAAAGGUUCGUAUGCUUGCUGACCCAUCUGGUAACUUCAUAAAAGCCCUGGAUCUUGGAACCACUCUGCCACCACUUGGUGGAUUCCGUUCAAAGCGGUUUUCUAUGGUCAUCACUGAUAGUACUGUUGAAGAAUUGAAUGUGGAACCUGAUGGUACUGGGCUCUCUUGCUCACUGGCUGACAAGUUAAAGUUGAAGAAGUAG